UGCUUUGGCAGUGGGUCCAGUUUGUUGGGUUUAAGUCAAGAGCCCAAAAGGUUCGAGUCAAAAUCUUCCUCAGCUCUCAUCAUGAAGACUUCUAUGACGGCCUCGGAAAUCCGGCAGAAGUUUAUCGACUUCUUCAAAGAUAAUGGGCACACGUAUGUCCAUUCUUCUGCCACGGUCCCACUGGACGACCCAACUCUGCUCUUUGCCAAUGCUGGAAUGAACCAGUUCAAGCCAAUCUUCCUGAACACCAUUGAUCCUUCUCAUCCAAUGGCAAAGCUAACCAGAGCAGCUAAUACACAGAAGUGCAUCCGUGCUGGAGGCAAACACAAUGACCUUGAUGAUGUGGGCAAGGACGUCUAUCACCACACAUUUUUUGAGAUGUUGGGAUCAUGGUCGUUUGGGGAUUAUUUUAAGGAGCUGGCCUGUAAACUGGCACUGGACCUGCUAACCAAGGAGUUUGGCAUCGAUAUAGAGCGCUUGUAUGUCACAUAUUUUGGUGGUAAUGAGGCUGCUGGUCUAGAGCCUGACUUGGAAUGUAAACAGAUAUGGCUGAACUUGGGGCUGGCCGAAAGUCGUAUCCUUCCUGGAAGCAUGAAAGACAACUUUUGGGAAAUGGGUGAUACAGGUCCUUGUGGUCCCUGUAGUGAAAUUCAUUUUGACCGAAUUGGAGGGCGUGAUGCUGCCCAUCUUGUGAAUAUGGAUGAUCCAAAUGUGCUUGAGAUCUGGAACCUGGUGUUUAUCCAGUUUAAUAGGGAAACUGAUGGAACCUUAAAGCCAUUGCCUAAGAAGAGCAUUGAUACUGGUAUGGGGCUGGAAAGACUUGUGUCCGUGUUACAAAAUAAGAUGUCCAACUAUGAUACAGAUCUCUUUGUUCCAUAUUUUGAAGCGAUCCAAAAGGGCACAGGUGCACGGCCAUACACUGGGAAAGUGGGAGAUGAGGAUGUUGAUGGCAUAGACAUGGCAUAUAGAGUUUUGGCUGAUCAUGCUAGAACUAUAACUGUGGCACUUGCAGAUGGAGGGAGACCAGAUAACACUGGGCGCGGGUAUGUUCUACGCCGCAUCCUUCGCCGUGCUGUGAGAUACGCCCAUGAGAAACUUAAUGCAUCAAAAGGGUUUUUCUCCACUCUGGUCGAUGUGGUUGUCCAGUCACUGGGAAAUGCUUUUCCAGAGCUUAAGAAAGAUCCUGAUAUGGUUAAAGACAUCAUUAAUGAUGAGGAAACACAGUUCUUGAAAACACUUAACAGGGGUCGUCGUAUCUUGGAUCGAAAGAUACAGAGUUUGGGAGAACACAAAGUUAUUCCUGGUGACACUGCCUGGCUGCUGUAUGACACCUACGGUUUCCCAGUGGAUUUGACUAGCUUGAUUGCUGAAGAACGGGGACUGACAUUGGACAUGGAGAGCUUUGAAGAAGAGCGUAAAGCUGCUCAGCUUAAGUCUCAAGGAAAGGGCGCAGGUGACGAAGACCUUCUCAUGCUUGACAUCUAUGCAAUUGAAGAACUGCGUUCCCGGGGACUUGAACCGACUGAUGAUUUGCCAAAAUACACAUAUACAUCUAAUGCUGAGGGUGUCUAUGAAUUUGACAAUUUGCUGGCAACAGUGAAAGCAAUCCGCAGAGAGAAGAUGUUUGUGGAAGAGGCGAGCACUGGACAGGAGUGUGGGCUGGUGCUUGACAAGACCUGUUUUUAUGCAGAACAGGGAGGGCAGACCUAUGACGAGGGCUACAUGGUUAAAGAGGAGGAGAGCAGUGAAGACAAAACAGAGUUUACAGUGAGAAACACCCAGGUUCGGGGCGGUUACGUACUGCAUGUUGGCACAUUGUAUGGGAACCUGAAAGUUGGGGAUCAAGUGCAUCUGUACAUUGAUGAGCCGAAGCGUCGUCCUAUUAUGAGUAACCACACAGCCACUCACAUACUGAACUUUGCCUUGCGCUCUGUUCUUGGCGAAGCAGAUCAGCGAGGCUCAUUGGUUGCCCCAGACAGGCUAAGAUUUGAUUUCACAGCUAAAGGUGCAAUGACCACCCAGGAGAUCCGCAAAACUGAAGAAAUUGCAAAUGACAUUAUUAAGGAAAAUAAGGUUGUAUAUGCACUGGAUUGCCCUCUCGCAACAGCAAAAGCUAUCCAGGGCCUCCGUGCAGUGUUUGAUGAAACAUACCCAGAUCCUGUGCGUGUUGUGUCUAUAGGAAUUCCUGUGGAAGAUCUGCUGGCUGACCCAUCAAGUCCAGCUGGGUCUGUAACUUCAGUGGAGUUCUGUGGAGGAACGCACCUCAAGAAUUCUGGCCAUGCUGGUCCUUUCAUUAUUGUUACAGAAGAAGCCAUUGCCAAGGGAAUUCGCAGAAUUGUUGCUGUCACAGGUGCAGAGGCACAGAAGGCCUUAAGGAGACAGGAUGCCAUAAAAGUCAGUCUUUCAGAUCUGGAGAAGAAAGUGAAGAAACAGACUGAUCCUAACAAGGAUGUACAGAAGGAAAUUGCUGACCUCAGUGAGAAUCUUGCAACAGUAGUUAUUGCACAGUGGCAGAAGGAUGUGCUGAGAGAGCAACUGAAAACCUUAAAGAAAACUAUGGAUGAUCUUGAUCGGGCAAGCAAAGCAGAUGUUCAGAAACGGGUGUUGGAGAUAACCAAGCAGCUCAUAGAGGAACAUCCUAAUCAGCCACUGCUUGUACUUGAGAUGGAGAAUGGAGCAUCUGCAAAGGCUUUGAAUGAGUCCCUGAAACUACUGAAGUCUCAAUCUCCCCAGACUGCAGCCAUGAUCUUCUCUGUAGAUAGUGAUGCUGGAAAGAUCACAUGUUUAUGCCAGGUGCCCAAGGAGACUGCAGACAAAGGUCUGAAGGCCAACGAGUGGGUACAGCAAGUGUCAGAAUUGAUGGAUGGCAAGGGAGGGGGAAAAGACACCUCGGCUCAGGCCACGGGAAAGAAUGUGGGCUGCCUGUCCAAAGUCCUCAAGCUGGCAGAAGAUUUUGGCAAAAUGAAACUGGAGUCCAUGAAAAACUAAACACCAUCAUUUUUACAGUAACCCUUCAUUUUAACACCCUUGGUGCCAGCAGCACUCUACAUGAAAAAAAAUCGUCCAUUAGUUUCAUAGCUAUUAAUUUCAUGGUUUGACCAAUUGCUCAUAGGGCUGUGAAAGGGUUGGCUCCUUACUGUCCUUACUGACCACUUUUUAGGAGAGAGAUUACACCUCAUUAUGCUGGUUUAGCAAGAACACCUUAUUCACACUGUGAAUGGGAGGAGAAAUGAUAUUGCAGCAGUUGAAUUAAUGCCAUUUUAUGCUUGAAGGUUUUACGUGAAGCAAGUAAAAUGGAUCUGUUGAAUAUUUAAGUGGGUUUAAUGAGUUUCAUGCUUACUACUUCAUAUGCUGCAACGUAAGCUGCUGCAUUGCUCUGGGUAAGAGCUACAAGGUAGCCUGGGAUAUAGCUGCUAACUCCCUGCACUGCUACAUUAGGAAUUGCUAGCAAAUGCCAGGGUUAAUGUUUUAGGUGCCCAGCCCCCUUUCCUCCUCUGUAACCUGUAAUGACAAUUUGGGCAAUUUACCCUAGUUUAAAAAGUCUAGGCUAACCGAAGCAACCAGACAAUACUCACGUCACCCCUAACUGUAUGUUGUUGUAGGCCAUUCAUUGUUACAAAGACUAAAUGUACAUCAUUCACAGAGAAUAAAGCUGAUACUGAUUUGCUUGGC